AUGACCCCUGCACUAAGCCGACGCAAGCACUUGAAGAGCCGCAAUGGCUGUAUCCAGUGCAAGAAGCGUAAGAUAAAAUGUGACGAGAAUGGCUCUGUUCCAUGUGCACAGUGUGUCAAAAGCCGCCAUACUUGUUCAUUUACUCCGCCGCCACCUCUUGUUGAUUCGAACUUCUCAACGAGUGCUCUACUGGACCUCAAACUAUUGCACAAUUUCACCACCAAAACAUCGCAAACUCUAUCAGGAACCUCCGAAGUCCGCGCAUGUCUUUCCACGGGGUUUAUUGAACUUGCAAUGCAACAUGGACACGAAUACCUGCUGCACUGUAUCUUGGCACUGUCCGCUUUCCACAUAGUCAACCAGCAAGAAAAUAGGGAGUCUUCUCAGCCGCCCCAAGUCGAGGACCACCCCAAAGAGGUUUAUCUCCAAGCAGCCUAUAAGCAUCACGAAAGUGCAUUGAAGGGUUAUCGACACAGUCUGUCAACCGUGAGCCCAGCCAGUUGCCAUGGCAUCUUUGGAUGCGCAAUUCUCCUCUUCAUAACAACUUUUGCACGUCCACCAGAUAGUGCUCUGCAACUAGGCCAACCGCAAAAUUCUACAAAUGUUGGCGUAUGGCUCAGCUUCCACUUAUCAGAGUGGGUCAUUCUUAUCAAGGGCCUGCCAUCCAUCGUCGCGUAUAAUGAGUUUCGCACCGCACUCUAUAAUGGGCCGCUCGCCACCCUUAUGAAUGCACAGAGCUAUCGCUCGGCGGACGUACAAACUUCACCGCAGAGAGAAGCGGUUUCUUGUCAUCUUCAUCAUCUGUCGGAAGGCAUUCGGGUUCAUUCUUCUAACGACACAAAUAUCCAAGUGUGUCUACCGGCAAUUGAGACACUUCGUCAGGUUGUGACGGAAUUAAAUCAUUCCAAUGACCAUGCCCUUGCGUUCCUCUGGCCGAUUAGAGUAACCCCUGAAUAUCUCACUCUUCUCGAAGCAAAAGUACCAGAGGCUCUGGUGGUAUUUGCUUACUACUGUGCCAUUCUCUAUAUUACGAGUUCCACGUGGUGGACCAAGGGCUGGCCUCGACCAAUACUCGAAUCUAUCAGAGAGACAAUUGAUAAAAAGUGGAACUCAUGGCUUUCUUGGCCAUUGGACCUGGUCUUUCAUAAUCCAGAAAAAUUCGAAAACGGACUAUUGCCUGUCCCAACCUUGCCUUCCCCAAUAAUGUACAAUCCCAGGUGA